AUGAUAUCAUUUUCUCCCAACGCUGAAUUUAUGCUCCAGAAAGAUGAUUCUCAUUUGAGAGAUUUCUCCUGCCCAGAGGAAUCUGCAAGCCGUUACAGACUAAAUGUUAAUGAGCUCUUGUGGGACAAGAUGAGCGAGGUAUUUGGCAGCAAUAUUUCCAACUACUGGCUCCGGGCGAUCAAGGGCGUUAACGAAACCAAGCGAGAUUGGAACCUCAGCCAACCCGUGACCUAUGUGAAUUACUAUCUCCACCAACCCCAAGUGGCAGCGGUCUUCAUCUUUUCCUACUUUUUAAUCUUCUCCCUGUGCAUAGUGGGAAAUGUCAUGGUUUGCUUCAUUGUACUGAAGAACAAACACAUGUACACAGUUACCAACCUCUUCAUCCUCAACCUGGCCAUCAGCGACCUACUUGUUGGCAUCUUCUGUAUGCCCAUCACCCUCCUGGAUAACAUCAUCGCAGGCUGGCCCUUUGGGAACCCGAUGUGCAAGAUCAGCGGGAUGGUCCAGGGCAUAUCCGUCGUGGCAUCUGUCUUCACUCUGGUCGCAAUCGCUGUGGAUCGGUUCCAAUGUGUCGUCUACCCGUUCAAGCCCAAGUUGACCGUCAAGAUGGCCCUGGUGAUCGUCGGGGCAGUCUGGGUGCUGGCCGUCGCCCUCAUGUCCCCCUCGGCCGUCAUGCUGAGGGUCCAGGAAGAGGGGCUUUAUGCGGUCCGACACGGCUCCGGCAACCAAUCCAGUCCCAUCUAUUGGUGCCGGGAGGCCUGGCCCAGAGAGGACAUGAGGAAGGUUUACACCACCGUGCUGUUCGCCAACAUCUACCUGGCCCCGCUGGCCCUCAUCGUCGUCAUGUACGGCCGCGUCGGCGUCGCCCUCUUUAAGACGGGCGGCCCCCCGAGGACCGAGGCCGUGCCCAAGAGGAAGCAGAGGGUCGUUAAGAUGCUCCUCGUCGUGGCCCUGCUCUUCAUGCUGUCCUGGCUGCCCCUGUGGACGCUGAUGAUGCUCUCGGACUUCGCCGACCUCUCGCCCCAGCGGCUGCGGGUCAUCAAUCUCUACGUCUACCCCUUCGCCCACUGGCUGGCCUUCUGCAACAGCAGCAUCAACCCCAUCAUCUUCGGGUUCUUCAACGAGAGCUUCCGCCUCGGCUUCCGGGAGGUCUUCGGCUUCUGGUCCCGCCGGGAGAAGGUGGGCCGCCGGGAGGCCUGCUCGGAGGGGACCAGGAGCCCUGCCGGGAUGACCACGGCCACCCCGAUGAGCCAGCAAGAGGAGAAGCGCCUACUUCGCCCGGGGGAAUCAGCCCUAAAUGAGCCGGAGCUGCCGAUGGAAGAGCUGAAGAAAGUCAACCCCGGUAACGACUCCCAAAAACCAUAA